AUGAUUCAGCCUGUAGUUGCAACAUUGAGAAACUUCGACGAGCUGGGAGACAAAGCAAACGAUAUUGCUGUACUGCGAGAAUUUGUGAACUCGCAUUUCAAUCCGCCAGGCACAGAGCUUGUGGAAUGGUAUCCUCGGGAUUGGGUCGAUUUCCCUUCAACAUUUUUAAGCAUACAUGAUUACCACCACCGACGGUGGGCACUCCACCUGCAUCGUAUUUGGAGAGAUCUUUGUAGACGGGUACGGGAUGAUGUUCGUAGACAUCAAGACCAUUAUUCUCUUUUAUAUGUGCCUCAUCCAUUUAUCAUUCCUGGUGGACGAUUUCGAGAGUUUUAUUACUGGGAUUCUUUCUGGAUUCUCAAGGGUCUCAUUUUUUCUCAAAUGUAUGAAACAGCCAGAGGAAUCAUAAAAAAUCUUGCUUAUAUGGUCGACAAUCAUGGAUUUGUGCCCAAUGGUGGCCGGGUGUAUUACCUGACACGUUCGCAGCCACCGCUACUUAUACCUAUGGUUUACGACUAUUUUCUCGGCACCGGCGAUCUAGAUUUUGUAAUGGAGGUUUUGCCGACUCUUGAGAAGGAAUUCCUGUUUUGGAUAAACAAAAGGUCUAGCAUGUACUUUGGUGAAGAUGGAAAAGAAAAGUUCCCCUACUACCAGUACAAAGCAAGACUACAAAUGCCACGACCAGAAUCAUAUCGCGAAGAUUUCGAACUUGUUCACCAUCUUACGAAAAAUGAAGACAAGGUGCGAAUGUGGUCUGAAGUUGCCUCUGCAGCUGAGACUGGGUGGGAUUUCUCAACGCGAUGGUUCUCUCAAAGUGGCGAAGCGAGACAUAAUAUGAGAAGCAUU